AUAGAAUCUAGCCGCUACCCUGCUGGUAUAGAGCGCUAUGUCUGACCCAGAUCCCUCAAUGAAUAAAUAAAAUUAAAAAAAAACAUAUCCUUCCAGCUACGCAGCUUUUAUCAAUGAUGGAAAUUAAACGUUCUCAGGAAGAACUUAAGUCCAGAAAUAAAGUCUUGUCCAAAGAAUCAAGUGGAAUAAUACAACAUUUGUCUAAGGAAGCCAUCUCAUCAGAUAAAAACUUAUUGGCAGCAGAAGAUGAAAAAAACACAAGAAAAGAAUUGUUAAUUGAUGGACGUGCGAUGAUGUGCAAAAAAACAGAUGAGACAUGCAGGGUAAAUUAUAGCACAGAAAAACCAUAUGCAUGCAGCAAAUGUAGAAAAUGUUUUACACACAGUUCUGGUCUCUUCAGACAUCUUAGAGUCCAUGCAGAAGUGAAACCAUAUAUGUGCUCAUACUGUGGGAAAAGCUUUGGUCAGAGUUCACACCUUGUAACCCACCAAAGAAUUCACACAUGUGAAAAGCCGUUCACCUGUGGGGAAUGUGGAAAGAGCUAUAGUGACCGGUCUAAUCUUGUCAAACACUUAAAAGUUCACAAGGGAGAGAAAUCUUGGUUUUGCAGUGUCUGCUGGAAAAGCUUUACUUGUAGUUCACAGCUGCGAGCUCAUAUCCGAGUUCACACAAGAGAGAAACCAUAUACCUGCAAGAAUUGUGACAAGAGCUUCAGCAACAGCUCUAAUCUUGUGACACACCAAAGGGUCCAUACGAGGGAGAAACCCUAUGCUUGUAGUGAUUGUGGCAAAAGCUUCAGCAGCAGUUCCAAUAUGGUGACUCACCAGAGAAUCCACACAGGAGAGAGACCGUAUGUCUGCGUGGAAUGUGAUAAGAGGUUUAUCCAGCGCUCUGCUCUUGUACAACACCAGAGGACACACAGAGAACAGAAUUCUGUUAGUGCCUCAGAUGUGAAAAAUGACUUAUUACUGACUUAGGUGUUUUACAUAUGUAGACCACACAAGAAAGUACACUUAAUUAUUCAGGCACAGUUAUCCUAAUUUUAUGGUACAGAGAUAAAGCAAAUUGCCUAAGGAAGCAUGGAAUCAACACAGGGCUGUGUGCUGUUAUUUACUAACUGCGCAAUUCUACCAUACAGAGCAAGAGGGCAGAAUGCUAGUGUCAGAGAGCCAAUGAAGAGGUCUCCAUUCUAAACCAUUGCAAAAGAGGGAACUGGCAUAGGUGUGUUAGAACAACUGGUCCUGGUUAGAAAAAAGAAAUCUGUGUUCCUCCAGUGAGUUAGACAUGCAAUAUAUAUGUGGGUUUACUUAUUAUUCAAUGGCUUGCUUUGUAAAGAUUUGCAACUCCUCUGUUACCCAGGCCUUACACUGCAUAUAUGACACAUCUACAUACCUCUUCUUUUGCAUACAAUAUGUGCACUACUAAACAAUGCACACACAUAUCUGUUGUUAUAGUUAAGGAAUAUUACGUUUGAAAAAGUGUUAAGCAUUGGCUGAACACAAUUGUAUCAAAAAUGCAGCCACGAGCUGCUCUGCUGGUAGUUUCUCUGCUGCUAAAAGCCAAGGUCUUGGUAUUCUUUCCUAUCACAUAUUUUCUAUAAAAUUAAAUAUUCAUACUUUAAAUAAACCAGAUACAGUAGGAUGUGCAAACAUUACAUACACACUUUUAUUUAUGCACUUCGCAGUUACCAGGCAGAGAAUAUUGGAAUGUGUAAUUGUAAGAGUUUUGAUAUUGAUCUCUAUGGUAAACACUAAGGGCCAGAUUACGAGUGGAGUGCUAAUUGCGAUAGAAGUAAACUUUUUGCGUGCGUCAGGUUACACUCGUUUUACAAGUUGAAAGUAAAAAAGUUAUCGUGCUCGCGCUAACCCGACAUGCGCAAACAGCUUACUUCUAGGGCAAUUAGUGUUUUGCACGCACUAUAACGUAUUCCCCAUAGACGUCAAAAGAGCACAAAAAAAAAAAAUGGAAAAAACCUAACACCCUACUCACACACUUACGCAAACUUAUGUUCUCAAGGGCGCUAACCUGACAUGUAGAGAUCUCAAUGUUAAAGCCAUUUGCAUGCCUUUUUUUUCUAACACUGAGACCUCAUAUCUUUGAGCCUUUAUAACUUUUUUGUGCAAUAUUUUACAAAAGUUUAUUAGAUGGUGUUAUUAUGAGUGUGACUAUACUUUGUAAUGUAUUUUUGAUGUGUUUUGUGACACUUUUUUGUUUUACAAAACAGUUAACCACAGUUCUGAGUACACACUAACCCGACAAGCUUUAACUUGAAUUGCGCUCAAGCGAUUGCGUUUCCUUUCAACUUGUAAUACGAGCGCAAUUAAAGCUGCACACAAACGAUCGCGAAAACCCAAUAUCGUUUGUGCUCCACUCAUACCCUGGCCCUAAUUGUUUUGAUUGGGGUUUAGACAUAAAAUAUAAUAAUGGCGGUUCUUCCUGACGAAACAAUGGACUGAGCCUAAUGCAUAUUUAUGGCUCUGUGACAACUUGAAUCACAUGACUGCCUCAGAUAUUCUUACCUAUACAAGACAGGACUGUACAAGACACAGUCGUUAAAAAAGAAGUGUCCAAUCUUCUUAUCAUUCACAUUUGAUAUCCGGAUUAGUUGUAUGGUUUUCCUAUUAAAUAUUUUGCAACAAAAUAUUUAUUUUCUUUUUCCACAUUUUAGGAGAAGGGUCUGGCUGCUGACUGGAGCUCUACUCUAGACAGGAAAUGUGACCUCCACUCAAAGCUUUUUUUUUAAUCAACUUUAAUAUAACAAACAAUAUACAAUCAUUCUGAAAACUAAACAUUUUGCAUCUUUCUUGUGCUUAAUGUCCACUCACAGUGGUUUAUGCUGAUUGUUAUUCAUAAGGAAACCACUGAAAAUGAACAUUAAAUACAAGAAAGCUGCAAAAUGUACAAGGCUGAAGUUGUCUUCUUAGUCAGUCAGCUUCUUAUAAUGCAACCGAUUGUAAUUUGCAAAAUAAAGAUUUAUAAACAAAA